AGAGGAAGUAAGUGAGAGAUUAACGCGAAAGGGGAUGGAGACACAACACAGACCCACAGAGAAACACUGAUAUGGACGAGUUUCACAGCUAAUGUGACUGAAAGCUGAAAAUCUGUCUUCAUUAGCACGGUUUCCCCGCUACCUUCACAUUGACCCUCAUGAUGCUGGAUCACGCGGACGUGAGUUUGAGCCCAGAGGAGCGGGUUCGAGCCCUCACCAAGAAGGGUGGCGCGGUGGAGAUGAAUGAAAGCGUGCCACUGCGCAGGUAUUUCCGCUCGGGCAUGGAGAUGAUCCGCAUGGCACAUGUUUACGCUGAGGAGGGAAACACAGAACACGCCUUCGUCCUCUACAACAAAUACAUCACGCUUUUCAUUGAGAAACUCCCCAAACAUCCAGAAUAUAAGCUGUCUAAUAUUCCUGAGAAGAAGGAGAUACUGAGGAAGCUGAAGGACACGGCUUUCCCUCAAGCAGAGCAGCUGAAGAAGCUCCUGCUCAGGAGAUAUGAGAGAGAGCAUGCAGACUACAUCAGCAAGAAGCGUGUGGAGGCUGAGGCUGUGGAGCGCGAGCUGUCCCGUCAGCGUGAGCUGGAUGCGGAGCGUCGACGUGUGGCAGAGCUGCAGAGGAGACAGCAGGAGCAGGAGCAGUUCAGCAUCUUCGAGGAGAUGAUCCAGCAGCAGGAGCGCCAUCGCCAUCCGCACACACACCACACUCCAGCAGCUCCGCAGACCGACACACCGCUCAUCCCGGGCAUCCAGGGUCCGCCCGUGCCAUUCCCAGAAUCCCCAACUCCACCUCAGAGCCCGCAGCAGCCCUCAGCCAAUCACAGCACUCCAUCAGCACCGGCUCCGCCCACUUUCGACCGUUCGCUCAAACCCAGUCACCUCACUACACUGAUCGAUGGUUUACGGCAGAUCGCUGUUCCCGCGGAGCUGUGUGGCAAAUUUCUGCGGCUGGCCAAUAACAACACUAUUAGGGCAGUGGAGACCUGCGGGAUCCUCUGUGGGACACUGAACAGGAACGCCUUCACUGUGACACACGUGGUGGUCCCGAAGCAGUGUGGAGGUCCAGAUUACUGUGACACAGAGAACGAAGAGGAGCUGUUUCUGGUGCAGGACCAGUACAACCUCAUCACUCUGGGCUGGAUACACACUCACCCGACACAGACGGCGUUUCUGUCCAGCGUGGAUCUGCACACACACUGCUCCUAUCAGAUGAUGCUGCCCGAGUCCAUCGCCAUCGUCUGCUCGCCCAAAUUCAACCAGACGGGUUACUUCAGACUGACAGACUACGGUAUGGAGGAGAUCUCCACCUGCGCUCAGAAAGGCUUUCACCCUCAUCCCAAAGACCCUCCUCUGUUCACGGGCGGCAGUCACAUCAUCAUCACAGAAGAUACGGUGUCCAUGCUGGACCUGCGGUGAUCCUCUCCAUGACACAGACAGACUCUGAUCCUCCACAGGCACUUUUUUUUUUGUGAGAUACGAACACUAAACGCCAGAGCUCAGGAACGCAAACACCUCCGCAGGCCUGCAGGAUCCACAAGGACAGGUGUAUUUCUGUGUCAUACACACGUCAUCCGUACACACACCAUCACAGCAGGGGCUUUCAAAAGGGUUCGUUCACGCAAAAAUCAGAAUUAUGCAAUGAUUUACCCAGCAGUUAUUCAAAACAUGAUCUAUUCUAGCUCUACACUGUAAAAAUAUCAGUAAAUUAGCAGUUUUUUUUUUUAGUAUUUUGUGAUUCAUGUUUUCAGCCAAUCACAGCCAUUUCCUUGAGCACUGGUAAAUACUGUGGCAAAUCAGCGCUGUUUAAGAACGCGCUUAAAUGCUAGCGAUUUUAAAACUUCAUAACAGGGACAACACUAUACACAACACAAGGAUGUGCUACGGAGGACUUCAUUGUUUAAUCGCUCACCGGGUUACAUAGGCUGCCGCAGGGAAGCGUCCCCACGGUGUUUGCCUGCUGCCAUGUGCUGAAGCCUAGGAGGACACUCUUAUAGAGACUGUGAUGUUGUUUGAUGCCUCAUCUGCUUUUAAUCGUUUAGAUUAAACUGAACCGAGUGAUAUUAAAGUGAUGUUUAAACCAUA